AUAAAUUCCUGCUUUUGCGCUUCCGUCUCGAUUUCCUUUGCGUUAAUGGCAGAAAUCAAGAGGCGGAAUCCACUGGAGUUCUUCGAUUAGAAUUGGCACGAGGAGAAAGGUUCGAGCUUUUCUGCUGCUGGAGUUUGUUUUGUUUGGCUUCUUGUUUGUUUCGAGAGGGAUUUGGAGUGAUGUCGUCGUCGUCUUCGGCUUCGGCGACGGUCCGAGUGGAGAAGGCGACAAGCGACCUUCUUAUGGGGCCUGACUGGACUUUGAACAUGGAUAUUUGUGAUUCCGUCAAUUCCGACCACUGGCAGGCGAAAGAUGUAGUCAAAGCUUUGAAGAAGCGCCUGCAACACAAAAAUCCGCAAAUUCAAUUUUUAUCCUUGACACUAUUAGAGACGAUGAUAAAGAAUUGUGGUGACUAUGUACAUUUUCAGGUUGUUGAACGUGAAAUUCCUCAAGAGAUGGUCAAAAUUGUUAGGAAGAAGACUGAUAUGCAAGUGAGGGACAAAAUUUUGGUACUGUUGGAUUCAUGGCAAGAAGCAUUUGGGGGGGCUGGUGGAAAGUAUCCUCAAUUUUACUGGGCCUAUACUGACUUAAAGAGAUCUGGAGUGCUGUUUCCUGAACGCUCUCCUGAUUCAACUUUAAUAUUUACUCCUGUGCAUUCGACAUCUGGAAUCAGACAGCCUCCAGUAGGUUAUGGUAUGCCCAGUAAUUCUGUUUUAAGACUUGAGGAAGCUAUGGCAUCGGAGAUGGCAAAUCUGAGCUUAUCAGAUUUGGCCAGUAUGCGUAGUGUGAUGGAUCUGUUAAGUGAGAUGCUGAAAGCUGUGAACCCAAGCGAUCGUUCUGCUGUUAAAGAUGAAGUGAUUGUGGACCUUGUUGACCAGUGCCGUUCCAACCAAAAGAAGCUAAUGGAAUCACUUAAUUUGAUCAGGGAUGAGGAGCUGUUAGGUCAAGGCCUUGAAUUGAACGACAACUUGCAAAAUGUACUCGCAAAGAAUGAUGCUAUAGCCUCUGGUUCACCUCUGCCAGCUGAUACAUCUGAGCUGAUCACACAGGACCACUCCACUGCACCUCAACCUACAGAAACUGAACUCUCUGAAUCUCUUCCAAGUCCAAGGACUCCAAUUGCGCCUCAGCCUUUGAGUCAGUACAAUGAUGAAGAAGAAGAUGAGGAUGAUGAUUUUGCUCAGUUAGCUCGCAGGAAUUACAAAGUCAAGCCACCAAGUUCUGACGGCAACUUUGUUGCAACUAGCAAUCAUUCAGGCUCUCCAAACCGAACUGAUGUUACAAAUUCUGGCAUAGCAGGAGGCAUGGAGGCAUCAUCACCACCCUCUUCAGCAAGUGCCACACUAGCACUUCCUGAUCCUCAUGCUCCAGUUAACACUUUCACCAAAGAAGACGACAUUAUCAAUCUGUUGAGCAUUACCUUGCCAAGCUCAUCGCCGCCCCACACUCCUUUAACACCUCCCAUAGCAUCUGACCAAAAUGUAUCUUCGCUUCCGAUUCCCCCAGCUCCGCAAGUCAACCCCGCGAGUCCACUGUCCAAUGCUAUGAACCAAGCAUAUCCUGAAAACAAUUUCAUUGCUCCAUGGGCCCAAACACAAAUACGUGAGCAGUUCUCGUACUCGUCCAGCUACCCACCACCGCCAUGGGCUACUGCUGCAAUUGAUAGCAAUGCUGAUGCCAAUGCCAAUCCAUUUGAAUCAACGACCUUUCAGUAUGCUGCACCUGCCAAUAGUAGUGCUGCUACUUAUCCUUCAAUCCAGGUUCCAAAGCCUGGACUGCAGCAUUCUUAUGGCUCUGGAAUUGAUACUGUUCCAUCGACAACGGCAUGGGGAAAUACAAGCCACAGUGGUCAGAUGGGGCCGUCCACUGCUAGGCCUUAUGUUUAUACAAACAGAUUGUUCGAUGAACUAGACUUGAGAAACGCCAGCACAGGUCGAAAGACAAGCACCACAACUACUGGCUUAUCUGGCACACCAGGGCAAGGCAUGAUCAGUGAGGGAAAAUAAACAAACAUUUCUACUCUUUUAUUUAUCGAACUGGGAAGGUCCUGUGCAAGCUCGAUUAGGUUCGUAUUAGUGAGAUCCAUUCCGCUGUUCUUAUUGGAUUGCAUUUCGAGUGCUGUUCGCUCAACUAAACCUUAUAGGAGAAACGGGAAUGUAUAUAAGCAGUUGCUUACAUUAGCUUUUACAGUUAAAUAACUAAUCAUGUCGUUCUGCAACGAUCUUUGUGAGAUCGUCCAAGGAUGAGAACUAAGGAUAUAUGUUGUGUUCGUAUUCUUGAAGAGGCACUUCUUUAUGAAA